CUCCCUCAGGACGGAACAUCCCUUCACUUGGAGUUGAAGAUAAGAGAGCAGGAAAUGAGCCCCAAAUCUACUCUUUCACCACAAGUUACUAUUAUUUUUGUUUUUAGGUUCAAGUCCACGUAUCUCUGAACAUCCAUGAAAGGGCUUCCUGGAAAACAAGACAAAGCAAAACAAACCCCAAGUGUCCUGAUGCACAUGGCUCCACACUGGCAGCCACUGAAAUUGUAAGAGUGGACACUGGGUGAGUUCUGCAGAAGUCACUGAGCUCUGAGCCCAUUGAAGUUCAAGGGGAGCCAUGCAGGAUGAAGAUGGGUAUAUCACCUUAAACAUCAAGUCCCGGAAACAAGAUCUCAGCUCAGCUGAACCUACCUCUUCUUGGUGGCGUGUGAUGGCUUUAAUUCUGCUGAUCUCAUCCAUGGGGCUGGUUGCUGGACUCGUGGCUCUGGGGAUCAUGUCGGUUGCACAGCCAAAGUACCCACCGGCCGAGAAGGAAAAUCUCUCAGCCACUCUACAACAAUUGGCCAAGAAAUUCUGCCAAGAGUUGAUUAGACAAUCAGAAAUUAAGACAAAGAACAUUUUUGAGCACAAGUGCAGCCCCUGUGCCACGAAGUGGAGAUACCAUGGAGACAGUUGCUACGGGUUCUUCAGGCGUAACCUAACAUGGGAAGAGAGCAAGCAGUUUUGCACUGAGCAGAAUGCAACUCUUGUGAAGACCGCCAGCCAGAGCACCCUGAAAUACGUCGCAGACAGGAUUACUUCCAUCCGUUGGAUUGGAUUAUCACGUGAGAACCCUAGGAAAGACUGGAUGUGGGAAGAUAGCUCAGUUCUUCACAAGAAUGUGACUGAUGUUUCUGGAAAUACAAAAGAAAACAUGAAUUGUGCUUAUCUUCAUAAUGGAAAAAUCCAUCCAGCUUCCUGUAAUGAGAGACAUUCUUUAAUAUGUGAGAGAAUUGCUGGCAUGACAAGAGUGGACCAACUGCUUUAGUGCAGAAGGAUGGACAGGAUGUCAGAUAAGUGCUUGAUCAUGCAAUAAAAGAUUUGUACACAAUAAUUCUGCAUUUAUAAA